AUGGACAUCACCAAGUUUGUCGUCUCUGGUCGGGACGCAGCGUUACUCUAUGGGGACUACGGGACCUACCAGAACCAGCUGGCCAAAAAGCUGCUCAACAGUCGCAAGAAGCUGGGCAUCGCCACGAGAAACCGCGGCAAGUUCAGCAAGAAGGGCGAGGUGACUGCCAUACAGAUUGCCGAGAACCACGAGUACAUUCACCUGCUUCUGCUCACAAGCGAGCGCGCCUGGGCCAAUGCCAUGGCCAUCAAAUCGUCGCACGCCUCCGACGCAAAGGGUGUCACUGGCAAGACCAGGUCACACAUCGUUUCUCGACUCGAAAAAGCGGCAAAGACAGCCGAACAGCUCGUCGAGCUCCUCUUGCAGUCGGCGGCUGGCGCCACACUGAACGACAAGCUCGAGUCCCGCGCUUACUCCGCCCAGAUCCGUGGUGCUGCCCAAUUCGAGAACCAACACUGGGAGCCUUCCCUGAAAAGCUAUGCCGUUGCUCGCGUUGUCUACAGCGCGAUGGCCACUUCCACCAAAGGCGAUAUCUUCAAGGAUCUCCUUUCCGACACCAUCGACCCUUCGAUUCGCUAUGCCGCCUACCAACUCAAGACGCCGCGCACGAUACCCAUUCCAGCGAUUGCCCGACGCGCAUUUCCCCAGUCCGACACUGCACUGGUGCAGCAGAUCAACGAACUCGAUCCCAAUUUGUUGAAGCAGGCUCAGGUCGAGACUGCCAAGCAGGGCGAGGGUGUCGAGAAAGCUCCCAAGACGCUCACGUGGCGCUCGCGCGAGGUCAAGAUCGAGGACGCAGCAAUUUCCUUGGCGUGGGGCAGAGUGGAAGAGGCCAAGUCGAAGCUGUCUGAACGAUGGCCUUCUCUCGUCAAUGCUGAGCCCAGAGACGUGGCUGCCGCUUACGACGACAUCCUCGAGGCGACUCAAGACGCUGCUGAUGCCACGAAGGAAGCGAUUGACGAAUUACGGUCUGAGGGUGUUUCCCAGAGCGACUCUCGAAUGCAAAGCCUACAAAUCACCCGAACUGCCGUCAAUUAUGAGAUGAUUAGUUGGCGAAUUGGCCGAAACCGCGUGCUGACGGGCAGCGACGACGGCUUAGUCGAGAACUAUAAUUCAUCGCGCAAGAAACCCGCCAAGGAGGAGUCUGGAAAGAAACCCAAGGAAGAAAAGCCUGGCCGCAAAGUAGCCAAGUUGAAGGAGCUGGUGGCCCUCUACGAAGGAACAUUGCAAAGUCUGGAGGCUGCGCGAGAGUUGCCUGGUGUAGCCAACGAUGAGGCUCUUGCCAAGCAGCUCGCGUCGACAGCGGAGUACUUCCAAGCUCUGAAGCAAGUUGCCCGCCUCCGAUCUCUUUCUAUCGCCCGCUCCCACGCCAUCAUUGGCAACAUUGUCAACGCCCUGGCUCUCAUCAAGCAUGCCACUGGCGAAGCGCAGGGGGCUGCCUCGACACUUGCCGAUGGCCUUGAGGCCAAAUCCAGCUUACCUCGUAACAUUGAGGUGUCAGGCAAGGACGCCAAGUCAUUGGAAAGCUUCCUCCAGGGCGAGCUGCAGCGAUACCGCGCACUUGUCCACCUUUCGAACUUGCUCAGGGAGUCGGACUCGAACGAGGACGACAUCAAGAGCAUUCCCCUCAUUGAGCGGCUGCGCGAGUAUCCCUCGGGAGGUAUUGACCUCGCGAACCUCGUCAACAUACCGCCCAAGCUGUCAGCUGUUCCUGUCAAGCCGAUAUUCCUUGAUGUCGCCUGGAACUACAUCGACUAUCCCGGCAAGGGGCCGCAGGAAGUUGAGCCGCCCAGCACGCCUCAGCAGAUGACCCAGAGCGAGUCUAAGUCGCAACCGCAGAAGAAGGGAUGGUUUGGUUUUGGUAGAUAA